AUGGGGACGACUUCUUUUGCCCCGCGCGAACAGGAUGCAAUUCUUCCGGACGCGUCUGGAUUCGUUCGGUUUUACGAGACAACUUUUACGAACGUCUUCUCGAAGAAGAAUGAUGAUGACGACAAAAAAGAAAGCGAAGAAGAAGAAAAACAACAUCAUUCGCUGCGAUUCUUCAACCGUUCGAAACACGAAGGAUGGUCGGUGUGCGCCGACGACGCGUUCUACGUCGCUCGGAGGUUUUAUAAAACGACCACGGUGGUGAAGUAUCUCAAAGACGCGGGGGGGAACUCGCAGUUUAUUUUACCGUCCGUGAAUAUCAAUCAAAACUUAUUCGAAACGAUUUGUCGAGACGUUUUGUUACACACGAGAGAGAGGACGGUGGAAGUGUACGAAAGCGAACCGAAUAGUAGAGGGGAUUUUAAGUUGACGAAACGCGGGAGUCCUGGGAACGUUUUGGAUUUCGAAGAUAUCUUGUUCGACGGGAGCAAAGAGAACGAUUUGAAUAAUAAUAAUAACAAGAACAACGCAAACGCGGAUACGGAUUCGUUACCGAUCGUUUGCGCGGUGAAGUGCGUUUUGAAACAAGAGCAAAGACGCAUCGGUUUAGCGUUUUUCGAGUACUCGACGAGGACGUUGCGAGCGUUGGAGUUUUCGGACGAGGAGAGGUUAGGGCAGUUGGAGUCUAUUUUGGCGCAGAUUAACGCCCGAGAGGUGAUUGUGCCGAACGAAAUUGAUAAAGCGAGCGGAGGGGCGAUGACGGCGGACGCGAAGAGAAUCGCGGACGUGAUCGAUAGGUGCGACGCCAUGCGAACGGCAAAAGCGAACAGCGAAUAUUUUCGAACGGACGACGUCGAGGACGAUUUGAAGAGACUGCUAAAAAGUGGCGAUAACGUGCAAGCGCACAGAAACGUUUUGGACUUGCCGCUGGCCGUGCAGUGUUUGCACGCGGUGAUGAAAUUCGCGGAUAUCGGUAACGACGCGCAAAACCACGGAAGGUGCGAGUUAGAGUUGUUUGACAGCGGAGCUCACGUGCGAUUGGACGCGGCGGCGUUGAAAGCGUUGAACGUGUUGCCGAGCAGCGGUGGCGGCGGGGACAGAUCGUUCGGGGAAACCGCCGGGAAAGGGAGCGGCGGAGGAUUCUCCUUGUACAACUUGCUCAAUCGAUGCACGUCGCCGAUGGGGAAGAGAGUGUUGUAUCGAUGGUUGAAACAACCGUUAGUUUCCGUGGAGAAGAUUUCGGAAAGGCACGACGUCGUGGAGACGUUUUCUGAGGAAAGCGCUUUGAGAGACUCGUUGCGUAACGCGCACUUGAAGUCGUUACCAGACGUCGAGCGCUUGGCGAGGAAAUUGGAGAAGAAGAAAACGACGCUGAUGGAUUUGUGUAAAUUAUACCAAGCUUCGAGCGCGAUUCCGCACGCGAUCGAUUGUUUAGAGCGCAUUCCUUUUUCCGACGAGACGAGGAAAGCGUUAUUCAUCUCAAAAUACAUCUCGCCGUUGAAAGAGUGCGUGGAAGAGGAAAAGUUGGGCAAAUUUGAAGCUUUGAUUGAGCACGCGGUGGAUUUGAACAAGAUCCCAGACGAGUACGUCAUCUCCGCCGAGUUUGACGACACGUUGGCUCUCUUAGAGCAGCAAAAGAUAUCCACGGAGGAGGAAAUCAACGUCGUGUGGCAAGAAGCCGCGGAAGAUUUGACGAUGGAAAGAGACAAGCAGUUAAAAUUGGAAAAGAACAACCAACACGGGUACUUUUUUCGUCUGACGAAGAAGGACGAAACCGCGGCGCGAUCAAAGUUAUCGAAAUCCGCGCAGUUCCAAAUCUUAGAGGCAAAAAAAGACGGCUCUAAGUUUACGAAUAAAAAAUUGCGCGCGUUGAGUCAAAAGAGGUUAGAAAUCGAUCGAACGUACGAGGCGAAGCAGAAACAUUUGGUCCAACGCGUCUUGGACGUGGCGGUUUCUUUCGUCGAUAUUUUUUUGAAAGCGUCGUCGGUGAUGGCCGAGUUGGACGUCUUGUGCGCGUUCGCCGAGGUUGCGCAAAACGCUCCGACGCCGUACGUGAGACCGCAAAUGACCAACGCGGACGAAAAAGAACUCGUGUUGCUCGAUUCGAGACACCCGCUCGUGGAGGUGCAAGAAUCCUGCGGCGAGUUUGUGCAAAACUCGUGCAAAAUGAUCAAAGGCGAGAGUUGGUUUCAAAUUAUCACCGGUCCGAACAUGGGCGGUAAGUCUACGUUUAUUCGCCAAGUCGGUGUGAACGUUUUAUUGGCGCAAGUCGGGUCAUUCGUUCCGUGUUCAAAAGCAAUCAUUCCAGUUCGGGAUGCGAUUUUCUGCCGCAUUGGCGCCGGAGAUUUUCAAUUACGCGGCGUUUCCACGUUCAUGGCGGAAAUGCUUGAAUCCGCGUCCAUUUUACGUUCGGCCACGGAAAAGUCGUUGGUUAUCAUCGAUGAGUUAGGUCGCGGCACGUCCACGUACGACGGGUUCGGUUUAGCCUGGGGCAUCGCCGAGCACUUGGCGAACGAAGUCAAAGCGCCGUGUUUGUUCGCCACGCACUUCCACGAGUUGACGGAAUUAAAAGGCGAAACUGGCGUUAAGAAUUUUCACGUUUCCGCGAAAAUCGACGUCGCGAGUAAGAAAAUUGCCAUGUUGUACGCUUUAGAGGAAGGCGCGUGCGACCAAUCCUUUGGCAUUCACUGCGCCGAGUUUUCCGGCUUCCCGGCUGAGGCGUUGGAAGACGCGCGCAAAUGCGCCGAAGAGUUGGAAAACGGUGGUAACUCUGCUGGAAACGACGACAAAGAGAACACCACCAACAGCAAUAAAUCAGACGGGAUCGACGAUGCCGACGCCACGUACGGUCGCAAACGCGCCAUGCAAUUCCUGAACGAUUUCAAAAACAUCCCGUUACCGCAACUCGCGCCGCAAGACGUCAUCGAACGCGUCAAAAAACUCAAAACGGAGUUGGAACGCGACGCGAGUAAAUCGAAAUGGUUACAAAACGUCUUCGAGGAAAUUAAUAAGAGCGCCGCUUAG